AUUUGACUGUUUUACAAUAGUCAAUAUUUCAAUUUUUUUAUUGGGUGCUGACGUGGCAUGCAUCCAAUAGAGAAUCACCAUGAACACCAAAACGAUGCGUCUUCCCCCACGUCGCGUUCUAACGGCGGAUAAGCGCAAAGAAAGAGACGCCUUCAUCUCCUCCGUCACCGAUAAACCGCCGGAAAUCGCCGUUGCCAAGUUUACCCCACCGCCGCCGAAUCUUGCUCCUCCGCCGGUUAAUCCCACUUCCAGGAAAUCUUCAACCGCAGCAGCCGAGCCGGUCGGCUCGAACCAACUGAUGUUAGCCGGUUAUCUGAGCCACGAGUUCCUCACCAACGGCACACUCUUCGGAGAGCAAUGGAACCCGGCUCGAGCCCAAGCCGGUCCGUUUUCGGCCCAAUCAGUGGAGCCCAGUAAGGUAAAGCCGAGCCAUAUUAUUGAGCCGGCUGAGGAAAGUGACCCGAAACGGAAGAGGUAUGUGGAGGUUGCUAAUCUUCUCCGGUCAGACGGGGCUCACCUGCCCGGCAUCGUCAAUCCUGCCCAGCUUGCCCGGUUUCUCAAACUGUGAUCGGCGUAAUCCGAUGUCCACGUGGAGACAAAUCAUUGGUCUGUCACCCGGCAAGCGAGACAGCUUUAAAACUGGAACCUUCUCCUUCUUCGUCUCUCUUUUUUUUUUUUUCAAAUGUUUUUUAAAAUCCUCUCUGUAAAGCUGACUCCCUCG